AUGUCGGUGCUCGCGGCCCAGCUGGCCCAGCUGGCCGGUCUGAAGGGCCCGCAAGAGAAGUGGGUUCGCGGGAAGGCCUCCCUGCUCUUCAACUAUCAGCAGGCAGCCGACGUUGGCGCAGACACCCUCCUGUCCAUCGCACAGACAGGCGUCUCUCAGCUGAUCCGCCUAGACAAGCGCUUCCAUCCGUUCUCAGAACCCCUGUUCAGCCGUGCAGCCGUCGGCGUCUCGCGCGACCAGCUGACGGCGCAGGAGAACGCAGACCUGGAUGCAAAGCUCAACCCAUUCCUGCACCUGCUGGCGGACCACUUCCUGGCGCCAGCAUGCUUCCAGGUCUUGGAGUUCUGCAUCCGCAGAUACAGGGUCCACGAGCUCAACCUCCCCGCGCUGCUGGCGGCUGCGCUGCCCUACCACUCGACGAACGAGUUCUCGCGCCUCAUCCAACUGUGCGCGCUCAAGGGCACCAUCUGGGAGUGGCUCACACCUAUCCAGGAGAGCGGCGCGCCGCUGCCCCGGCCGUCGCUGGUGCAGCGAUGCGCCAACGACGAGGCCGUCCUGAAGUUUGUCACAGCAACAGCCGAGGCCCUGGGGUCUGGACCCCACCCCAGCCGCACCUACCUGUCGUUCUUCGCCGUCACGGCCUGCGAGCUCGUCGCGGCCGCCCCGCAGGUGUCCGAGCGCCUGGUCUCGGCCCUGCUGCCGCCCGUUCUGGCAGGCCUGUCGGCCGGCUCGGGCCGCGACUUUGCCGCCGCAUCGCUCAUGGUGCUCAGCCACCUGGCCGCCCGCGCCGCACUCAGCCCCAAGCUGCUCGCCGCCGUGCUGCCUCUGGUGGCCAGGGCGUCGGCCACGCUCGGCCUCGCGACACCAUUGAUGCUGAUCGCGCACGUCGCCAACACGCAGCCGCAGCUCGAGGCGCUGCCCCGCAAGGCUCUCAACCACCUGCUGGCGCAACCCGACUUGGCCGCCCAGUUAUCAGCCCUCCAGGCCAAGGGCGCGCGCCUCGCGCCCCUGCUCCGCCUCCUGCUCUCGGCGCUCGCCGCCGCCGCCGCGUCGCCGGACGAGCCGGCGCCGACGGGGGCCGCCGCGGCGGCGCUGCUGCGGAGCCUUGUCCUUGAGGUCGACCUGCAGCCCGGCCAGGCGCGGGAAGCUGCCGCGCAGCUGCUCGAUGCCGGCGCGGGGCUGAUUGUGCAGAGCGGCGCCGGCGACGGGGAGGAGGGCAGCGAGCAGGAGGAGGAGGACGAUGAGGGGGGCGCGGGCGGCGCGCUGCGGCGCGUACGCGGCGCGCUGCGUGCGCUCGAUCUGAGGCACCCCGAGGAGGUGGACGCCGCGGUCAACGCCGCGUUGACCGACGCGCGGCGGCAGCAGCAGGAGGAGGGGCAGGGCGCCGCAGCCGCCACGCCGGCAGCACCGACAGCAGCGACGCCAAAGGGCGGGAAGAAAGGCAAGGCCGGCGCCGCGGCAGCAUCAGGGCAGGAAGGGGCCUCGGCCGCCGCAACCGGCGGCGCGGCGGCGCGGCGGGAAGCUCUGUUCCGGCUGGUGCAGGCCUGCUUUGGCGCCAGCGCCCACGCGCCCGUCGACGGCGGCGCGGAUGCGGAUUCGGACGCCGGCGAGGCGCAGACGCUGGCUGCGGCGGUGCACGCGCCCGCGGAGGGCGUCCGUAUCAUGGCCAUCGAGAAGCUGGACAAGGUCUGCGCUUCCCCGGGUGCCACGGAAGCCGCCCGGAAGCUGCUGCGCGGCAGCCUCCUCGACGCCCUCCGCCACGACGCGUUCCCUGUCGCUGCGGCCGCCGCCGCCGCCCGCGGCCUGGCCGACGUGCCAGGCGCCGACCUCGUGCCGGGGCUGCAGGCGCUGCUCGCGCGCGCCGCCGACGCCGCCGCCGCCGGCCACGGCGAGCAGCCGGGGAGCGCCAAGGCGGCGCUGGCAGCCGCGCGCGGCGCCCUGGCCGCGGUUGCUGAGCUGCGGGCGCGCGAGACCGCGCUCGCGCACGCCUGCGCGGCGGCGGCGCUGGAGUUUGCACUGUCGGACAAGCGGCGCCGCAAGCUUGCCGCCGCGGCGGCGGCGGCGUGCGGCCCGAUGCUGUUCGGCGGCCUAGACCUGAGCGCUGACGACGAGGGCGGCGCCGCCGGCGGCAAAGCGGCAAAGGGGAAGGGCAAGGGCGGCGCCGUCGCGGAGGAGGGCGCGGCGGCGGAGGGUAAGCGCGCGGCGGCAGCGUCGGCGAACAGGGCACUUGUCGACGCCUUGGCGCAUGGCCUGCUGGCGGGCGGGGCGGGCGCAUGGGACGAGCUGGGGGCGCUGCUGGAGGCCGGCGGGCCGCGCUGCCGCCACCUCCUGCUGCUCGCGCUGCUGCGCGCCGCCGCGCUGCUCUCGUCGGGUGGCGCGCCGGCGGCGAAGCGUGGCGGGAAAAGCGGCGGCGCGGCAGCUGGCGGCGGCGCGGCGUUUGAGGGCGUCGCGCGCUGCCUGGUUGGGCUGCUGGCUGGCGGCGCGCACGCGCGGGAGCGCGAGCAGCAGCACCAGCAGCUGUUACUGCCGUCUGAUUGGGAGGCCGCGUCAUCAGAGCUUUUUGAUGACGACGGCCUCCCCACGCAGCAGCACGCGUCCGCCGUCCUGUCCCCCGCCGCCCUCUCGCGCGCGCACGGCGCGGCGCUGCUGCGGGCGCUGCACCUCACCCUCGACGCCGCGCCGCCCGCGGCGCUCGCGGCGGCGGUCGGGCGGCCCGAGGCCGUCUUCGCGCUGCUGGCGCGCCACGCGAGGGCGGGCCCGCUUUUGCGGCGCUCGCGCCGCACCUGCGGCUCGUAG